CCGGUUUGGGAUUGUCCGUCCAAUUCCUGCGUUCCACAGGAAGCUCAGCAUAAAAAGCAACUCAAAAACGCCCAAACACAUUUCAUUUGUGGCCAGCCGCCUCACGGGGAGCAUCUAGAGUCAGCGCCGCGCGAUUUGUUCGAUUCCACAUCGCCAAACUCGAGCCUUAUAAAGAAAAACCAACGCCAUGGAGAAGUCCUCUAGUCCAGCGGUCCGGCGGCCCGUGCCCAGGGCCGCUGCCCAGCCCCCGCGCGCGCACACGCCCGAUGAACCUAUACUGCGAGGGUAGCUGUGGUCAUCCUCCUGAGGGAGAACCUUCACAUCCAGCGUCCCCUCAUCCUCCUCUCCUCUUCGGUCUGACCGGCACGGAGCAGAGUGGGCGAGACCCCGGCCAGCCGACGUGGGAAAGAGGAAGAUGAUGUACCGAACGCUGCUCCUCUCCUCCUCCCUCCUCAUCCUCCACGUGACGGGCACCCCCCAGCCCUCCGCCCACCUCGGGAGGAGGGUGUGCGGUCGGGAGCCCCGCCGCAGCGUGGUCACCGUCACAGAGUCCUACAUCCAACCCCUGCACAAGCCCUACAUCACGCUGUGCCAGGGCCAUCGGGUCUGCAGCACCUACAAGACGACGUACUCGCUGGCUUACAGGCAGGUGAGCAGGGCGGUGUCACCUCCACAUCUGUACGCGGACUGCUGCCCCGGCUGGAGACGAUUUCACUCUCACAACUGCAACCAAGCCGUGUGUGGGCGACCCUGUGUGAACGGCGGUACCUGCCUCAGACCCGACCAGUGUGGCUGCCCCCCUGGCUGGACGGGACACCAGUGCCAAACCGACGUGGACGAGUGCAGCGGGCGGCGGCCGUGCGGUCAGCAGUGCCUGAACACACCGGGCAGCUAUCGGUGCGCUUGCGGAGAAGGAUUCAGGCUGUCAGGAGAUGGCCGUUCCUGUCAAAGCCUUCCUCCCGCUCCCUCCUCUCCUCCUCCUCUCCCUCAUCCUCCUCCUCCUCCCUCCCAGAGCAGCCAGGCAACAGCGGGCGACCAAACGGAUACGGGUGGAAGGUGGGGCCUGGUGGAGAAUGUGACGGAGGAGGUGCAGAGCCUGAGGAACAGAGUGGAGCUCCUGGAAAAGAAAUUACAGUUGGUUUUGGCGCCCUUCAGCAGCUACUUCCCGCUGUCGCUGGACGAGGGCUACUCGGAGAAAACCACAUUACUGUCCCACUCCUUCCAGCAACUGGACCGCAUCGACUCCCUCAGCGAGCAGAUCGGCUUUCUGGAAGAGCGAAUUGGCACGUGUGAGUAA